UGCGCACACACACACUCUCUCACUCUCUCACUCACUCACACACACAUUCGCACCAGCUGUGCUGUUGUCAGUCUUGGAAUGUAAGCACUGCCGUGAGGAGUCAGAUCCUCCGCCGCUAAGCACUGCUAAGGAGUAGGCAGAGUCGCCGCGCACUCAGUGACACAGAUGGAUGCUAAGCUGUGAGAAUCAGAAAAGGGAUCCGUGGACGUCGAGGAGAGGAAUACAAUGUCUGUUCUGAUGACACUGCCUUCCAGUGUUCAUCCUAUCAGAAGCUUAUCACCAUAAUUCAGAAGUCAUUCAGGACAUUCCCCAGCUGAUUGGAUACCAUGAUAGCCAAUCAGGUUCUGCUCCUCUUGACGCUCUCUAUCCUGUGGCCCAGCACCGCCCUUCCUUUCACACCUGGGAAUAUUGGGAAUCUGUUUAGGAUGAGAGAAGAGAGCGAUGGGAGAAUUCUUCAACGGUCCAAACGCGGAUGGAUGUGGAAUCAAUUCUUUCUGCUCGAGGAAUACACAGGAAACGACCAUCAAUAUGUCGGCAAGCUGCACUCAAACAUGGACAAAGGUGAAGGCAAUGUGAAGUACGUUCUGACUGGAGACGGGGCGGGCACCCUGUUCCUGAUCGAUGAGAAAUCUGGGGAUAUUCACGCCACCAAGAGGCUGGACAGGGAAGAGAAAGCCAUGUACACGCUCCAUGCAAAGGUGCUGGACAGGAACACCAAUGCGGAGCUGGAGCCCGACACUGAAUUUAAUAUUAAAAUUCACGACAUCAACGACAACGCGCCAAAGUUUGCCAAGGACAUCUACUUCGCCAGUGUCCCUGAAAUGUCUGAAGUUGGUACAACUGUUGCCACUGUAACUGCCACCGACGCCGACGAUCAAACAUAUGGGAACAGUGCCAAGCUGGUGUAUAGCAUUCUGCAGGGACAACCAUAUUUCUCUGUGGACUCUGAAAACGGUACCAUCAAGACAGCCCUGCCUGGCAUGGACCGAGAAGUCAAGGAGAACUACCAGGUCGUGAUCCAGGCUAAAGACAUGGCCGGGCAGAUGGGCGGACUUUCGGGGACGACGACGGUCAGCAUCACCCUGUCCGAUGUGAACGACAGUCCACCACGCUUUGCUAACCAUUCCUUUCGCGUGACCGCUCUGGAGUCAACAGAAAUCCAAGGCGCCAUCGGCCGCAUUAAGGCUGAUGAUCCAGAUGUCGGGCGUAACGCCGAGAUGGAGUACAGCAUAGUCGGUGGUCAUGACAUAUUCAACAUCAUCACUGACCAAACCACACAGGAGGGAGUCAUCAUAAUCAAAAAGGCACUGGAUUACGAAAGUAAAAGGGACUAUGAGUUCAGAGUGGAGGUGAAAAACACCUACUUAGACGCAAGGUUCAUCCACGGUUUGCAAUUCAAAGACUACGCCACAGUCAAGGUGACAGUAGAGGAUGUGGACGAGUCCCCCGUUUUCACCAGGAACCCUUACAUCAUCGAGGUGCACGAGGACACGGCCGCUGGCAGCUUCGUCGGCGUGGUGUCGGCCAGGGACCCCGAUGCCGACAACAAGCCAGUCAAGUACUCCAUUGAUCGGCAUACAGAUCUCGAGAGGCUGUUCAACAUCGAUUCUGUGAACGGCACCAUCACAACGCUGAAAGCCCUCGACAGAGAGAUGUCCAAAUGGCACAACAUCUCUGUGGUUGCCACCGAAAUAAAUAACCCACGUCAGACGACUCGAGUGCCCGUGUUCAUCAAGGUGUUGGACGUCAACGACAACGCUCCGGAGUUCGCCAUGUCCUACGACACGUUCGUCUGCGAGAACGUCAAAGCGGGACAGCUGAUUCAGACGAUAAGUGCUGUUGACACAGACGAGCCCCUCGUCGGACACAAGUUUGUCUUCAGCAUAAGUGCCACCAACCCGAACUUCACAAUCGUCGACAGGGAAGAUAACACUGCCAACAUCCUGACACGAAGGGGAGGUUUCAGCCGCCGUGAAAUGAGCAUGUACUUCCUGCCUGUCGUGAUCUCGGACAACGACUACCCCAUCCAGAGCAGCACCAGCACGCUGAUCGUUCGCGUGUGCGCCUGCGACAGCCGUGGAAACAUGCAGACGUGUAACCCCGAGGUCCUGCCCUUCUCAGAUGGUCUCACAACUGGAGCUCUGGUGGCCAUACUGCUAUGUGUCAUCAUUCUCCUCAUGAUCGUGGUGCUGUUUGCUGCCCUGAGGAGACAGAGGAAGAAGGAGCCUCUGAUCAUCUCCAAAGAGGAUGUCAGAGACAACGUUGUCAGCUACAACGAUGAAGGGGGCGGAGAGGAGGACACCCAGGCCUUUGAUAUCGGCACUCUGCGCAACCCAGAGGUGAUGGAUGCUAACAAGCUGCGCAGGGACAUCAUACCCGAAAUGCUGUUUCCCUUUCGGAGGACAUCACCUAUAAAGGAUAACACGGAUGUCAGAGACUUCAUUAACGGGCGGCUUCAGGAGAAUGAUUCGGAUCCCACAGCGCCGCCCUAUGACUCUCUGGCCACGUAUGCUUACGAGGGCAGUGGGUCGCUGGCGGAGUCCCUCAGCUCGCUGGAGUCCGCCGCCACCGAGGGGGACCAUGACUACGAUUACCUCAGCAACUGGGGACCACAAUUCAAAAAGUUGGCAGAGAUGUACAUAGGGAAAAGCCCUGACAGAGAGACCUAGACACAGCCACGACAGUCUCUCUCUUUAAUUUUUCCCAAGCCAGUUUUCUUUCUGUAUGUUUAACUAGCUACCUAGCCAGACAGUUACCUGUCUAGUUAGUUACCUAGCCAGCUAGUCGACUGUCUGUCUAUCUAUCUAUCAAGCUAUCUAUCUGUUCGUCCGUCUAGUUUGCUGGCCAGCUUGCUAGUUAACUAGUAGUCUAUUUGAUUCUCGUGCACAUGCGUGCACGGAAAUUCCUGCAGUCCAAUCCGCGGACGCUCAAAGACUUGAACUUGAAGUUUUCUCGUUAAUGGAGAUACAGUAUAAUUCUCAAAAGUUUUACUGUUUUUGGUCAUAAUCAGUAAAGAUGCCUUUGAAUUUUAGGAUUUUUGUGAACAAUGGUGUGGACAAUGUGUUUUGUAAUUGACCUGAGAGAUAGUAGUAUUGUAUACUAUCAAUGUUUAAUGGCACUGGACCGGGUUUUUGGGGUGUGGGUAUAGGGAAGGAGUCAAGUGGUUUUUCCAGCCACCUCCAUUAAAUACUGUAAAUGUACAAAGUGUUUUUAAAUAAUGGACAUCCUAUAUACUAUUUGCUAGCUCUGUUUGACAAGCAAUGUUCGUGUGAGUGGUUGGUGGUUUAUUUGUCAAACUGUGAAUUCAUUUCAUCAUAUAGGUGUAAUAUGUAAUGGAAAAAGUGUAUGUUGUAGGAAAACUGUCAUACACUGAAUUCAUGCUGUUUGAAUGCUGAGUCAUAUUGUUUUAUAUUUAUAUUUUUAUACUUAUUUUCUUAAUAAAAAGGAUGUAAAAAA